AUGCCACAACAUGACGUGGUUAAAACUAAGCCCGUUUGGUGGAAGGAGUGCGUCGUAUAUCAAAUCUACCCAGCUUCAUUCCGGGACACGAACGAUGACGGUCAUGGCGACAUUCGCGGCAUCAUAGAGAUGCUAGACUACAUGAAAAAGCUUGGAGUCUACAAAAGCCCUCAGUUCGACAUGGGAUACGACAUAUCCGACUAUAAAUACAUAGAUCCGAAAUACGGCAGUUUGGAAGAUGUUGAUGAGCUGAUUGAAAAGCUUCGUCAACGGGACAUGAAGCUGAUGAUGGACCUCGUGGUGAACCACACUUCAAAUCAGCACUCUUGGUUUCUCGAGUCACGCUCUUCCAAGGAAAAUCCCAAGCGGGACUGGUACAUUUGGAAGAAGGGUAAGGUGAAUGAAGAUGGCAAGCUUGUUCCUCCCAACAAUUGGUGCCGAACUCUGGACUCGACGCAAUCGGCCUGGGAGUGGGAUGAGACGACACAAGAAUACUAUCUAUCCAUAUUUUCGAAGGAGCAACCAGACCUCAACUGGGAACAUCCAGAUGUGCGAGCCGCAGUGCAUGACAUUCUCCGAUUCUGGCUGGAUCGUGGUGUCUGUGGGUUUCGCAUGGAUGUCAUAGACCACAUCUCCAAAGUGCAGAGCUUUCCGGAUGCUGAGGAGACGAUCCCAGGUCAGGAUUACCAGCCUGGCCAUAAUUUCUACGCCAAUGGGCCGCGGCUGUAUGAAUUUUUGCAAGGAAUGAGAGACGUGCUCGAUGAAUAUGAUACAAUCACGGUCGGUGAGAUGCCCUUUGUGAAUGACGAGGACGAAAUUAUCCGCACAGUUGGAUUACAGGGGCCGUUGGACAUGAUAUUUCUCUUUGAGCUGUUGAAUGUGGACAAUGCGCCUGGCGAAUCCAAAUGGUCCUUCAGAGAAUGGGAUGCAACUGAUAUGAAGCGAAUUCACGAGCACAUCCAACGAUUGAUGAUUGAAAGGGACGGAUGGAACUCGAUCUUCUGCGAGAAUCACGAUACGCCAAGAUCACUUUCACGGUUUGCGGAUGACAGCGACGAGUGGCGUGAGUAUGCAGCCAAAAUGCUUUGCACCAAGCAUACGACACUGGGAGGCACAGAGUACAUUUACCAGGGCGAGGAGUUGGGUAUGCGCAAUAUUCCUGAAGAAUGGCCCAUGACGGAGUACAAGGAUAUUGAGUCUCAGAGCUUCUGGAAGUUUGCCAGCAAGCAAUACGCCAACAACCACCGCAAGCUAGAGUAUGCGAAAAAGAUGAUUCAGCUCAAGGCUCGUGAUCAUACGCGUACCCCAAUGCAAUGGGAUGCUUCUCCAAAUGCUGGUUUCUGCAAGGCCAACGUCAAGCCAUGGAUGCGAGUCAACGACGAUUAUCCCACUGUCAAUGCUGUGGCACAGUUGGAUGAUCCUGACUCUGUGUUCUCCUACUGGAAGCGUUGCUUGGCAUUCCGCAAGGAGCACAAAGAUGUUUUCAUUUAUGGUGGUUUCGAAAUUAUAGAUCCAGAUGAUAAGGAUGUGGUAGCCUUUCGACGCUUUUCAAAAGAAGAGAGCUGGGUGACUGCCACAAACUUUACUGGAAAAGAUUUGGAAUGGUCGGGACUCGGAGAUCUCAAGGUUAAGGAGUGGGUUAUUGGGAAUUACCCGCUCGAUGCGCACAAUAGUAAUGCAGGCCCCCCACUCAAUUUGAGACCGUGGGAAGGCAUCAUAGGAAGAUGUUGA